CCACUUGAGUGGACAAGGAAAUAUUUCAGGCUGUUCGGACUCUGCAACAACUAUGGGUAUGUAAUCAUGCUGAGCGCUGCCGAGGAUAUUAUGGACAUACAAAAAGGAGAAAACAUAACAAAAACGACGAGCGACUGUGAAGAUCGAAUCACUUCCCGUCAUUGCACAACGAUCUCAACCGGUGCUGUACUUUUGGCAGACAAUCUCCCUACACUCUUCGUCAAACUCACCUUUCCAUUUUUCAUGCAUCGUAUUCCGUUCGUAUUUCGUCAUGUGCUUAUAUGUCUUCUACAGGCGACGAGUUACUUUGUGGUCGCCUUCUCACAGAAUAUCCCUAUGUCCUUGGCUGGUGUCUGCUUUGCGAGUCUCGGAUCCGGUAUAGGAGAGAUAAGCUAUCUCGCUCUUGCCUCACACUACCCAGCAUUGGCCAUAGCAGCUUGGUCAUCUGGCACUGGUGGAGCUGGUCUGAUAGGCUCAUUUUCGUACGCCUUCCUUACCGAACGAACGAUGGGAAAUUUGCAACCCAAGGACGCUCUUCUGAUCCAACUUUUCAUACCGGUGGUGUUUGCGCUCGCAUAUUUCUUCAUACUUGUUACCCCUGAUGAUGUUUAUACACCUGGACUGCAUCCGAAAACUUGGAUUGUGCCUCGCCAAACUACUUUGGAGGUGUAUAGUUUGCACUUAAAUAUGACCACUAAUCAAUUGCCUUCCAGUUGGCUACCCAGCCUCUUGAUAUUGCCAUUUCAGCCUCUCCUUCAUUUGAUGAUUCCGCUUGCAUUGGUCUACGUCGGAGAAUAUUUAAUAAAUCAAGGAGUGACACAAUUGAUCAUCUUCAACUGCUCUGAAGGUUUCCACCUCACUCUUAACGCUCAGUAUCGGUGGUAUCAAGUGCUCUACCAACUCGGAGUGUUCAUCUCAAGGUCGUCAGUGAGGCUCUUUGAGUUACCAACAUGGUCACUGUUCCUCCUCCCUGUACUGCAGGCGUCCAAUUUUGUAUUCUUCCUGUUUGAAGCCAUCUACUGGUUUACACCGCAUAUAGCUAUUAUUUUCGGGUUGAUCAUUUUCGAAGGGCUCUUGGGAGGAGCCGCUUACGUGAACACAUUCAAUAAAAUCCAUAAAAUGGUCCCACCUGAUAUUCGAGAAUAUUCACUGUCAGUGGCUUCAGUGGGUGAUUCGAUGGGUGUAAACUUUGCCGGCUUCAUGUCCAUACCGCUUCAUAAUUUUGUAUGUCGUCAGCCGAUGCAUCGACACUAA